AUGGUCGUUUUAGAUCAAUCCCAUCGUCAAGAUGCAUGUCUGGUUGUUGAUGCGCUUGUUGUCAAACAUGGCGAUGAAACCAAGUGUCCUGUAACGGAAUCAAUUGAAGUCUUCUUCCCAAGCAACAUGAUGAUAAAAUUCGAAACAACUUUGUCGAAGGAAACGUUGGCGGCCAAUCCUCUAGACCAGGAUUCCAAGCUUCACCCAGGAAAACUCUUUGUUCUGAGAAUGAAACGAUUGGCAGAACAUCUGUCUAGAUGUAAAUUGUGUCGUCACCGAUUCGCCGAGUUAGAGGAUGUUGGACACUUGUACUCCGUCCUUGCAAUUGUCAACGGGGUACUGAGUUCGUUUUUUCGAGUUUGGUAUCCGAAUGACAACACUUCGGAGAUUCUGAAGUUCGAAUUUGGCCGCAACAUAAUGCCGGUUGAGGCAAAAAGAGCAACAAGACGUGUGAUCCGAGAAAGGAAUAGAGAAGUGAAAAAGAAAGGAGUCAAAACAUAUCGGAAGGAGAGGGAAAUACUACCGAUGCGAAAAAAACUGAUGCGCUUCUACAUCAAUCCGAUUCAAGUCCUAAUACAUCAGCUCAAGGAACAACUUUACAAAGCUGCACAGCAAACUCCAAAAGAUGAAACUGCGAGAGUUCCAAACAAAAUUCCCGCCAAGUAUCACAACAUGCCGAUUCACGAGUUUCUAAGUUCGGACCCGCCAAUUGACUUGUUCGAAACAUUGGAACUACUAGAAGUUGGAGAGGAUUCGGAGGAAAAAAAUGACGGAAAGACCGAGGAGACCGAUUCAGCAAUUGAUCAUUAA